UUGUCCAUGAACGUGAACUCAAACUGGUCGUCGGAUCUUACAGUCGGGUUUAAGACGUUUGCCAAUACGUGUCUUGUCUAUAUAUACAAAUAUAUUUUUAUAUAUUUUUGUAUAGAUAAGUCAUGAUAAUUUAUAUAUAAUUUAUUUAUUAAUUUAACUGUUGUAAAGUAACUAAUUAUUAUUUUUUAAUUUUUAAUUGUGUCUUAAUUAUUAUAAUGAAAAAAAUUAUUAUUUUUUUUUGUUUUAUUGCUUUUGUUAAUUGUUAUGAGAAAAAAAAUUUAAUCACUGAUGUUGUGAGAAAUUUUUUCGGAAUAUUCGGUAAUAAACCACCGAAUGCAACUCAGUCCCCUGGACCUUGUUAUUGUAGCUGUGGACUAAGAAAUGAAGAAAGUCGUAUUGUUGGUGGACAGACAACGCGGAUUAAUGAAUUUCCAUGGAUGGUCAGGUUGUCUUAUUUAAAUAAAUUUUAUUGUGGAGGUACAUUAAUUAACGAUCGUUAUGUAUUGAGUGCUGCACACUGUGUUAGAGGUCUUUUUUUUAGAUUCAUGUGGUUUAUGAUAAAAGUAACAUUUGGUGAACACGAUCGAUGUGACGAAAAAAAUAAACCAGAGACACGUUUUGUUGUACGUGUAACAACUGGAGAUUUUAGUUUUCUUAAUUUUGACAACGAUAUUGCAUUACUGAAGCUUAAUGAUCGUGUACCGCUAACUGAUACAAUACGACCUAUUUGUCUCCCUACAGUAAAAGAAAAUGACUACGUAGGAACAAAAGCAAUUGCUGCUGGCUGGGGUACAUUACAUGAAGAUGGUAAGCCGUCAUGUUUUUUACAAGAAGUUGAAGUACCAGUUAUGAGCUUAAAAGAUUGUCGUAACACAAGUUACAGUCCACGUAUGAUAUCAGAUAAUAUGAUGUGCGCUGGUUACCCAGACGGUAAAAAAGACUCUUGUCAAGGUGACAGUGGGGGUCCAUUGAUUGCCGAGAGACAGGACAAAAAAUAUGAAGUAAUUGGUGUCGUGUCGUGGGGCAAUGGCUGUGCACGUCCUGGUUAUCCAGGUGUUUACACCCGAUUAACGCGUUAUCUUGAUUGGGUGCUUACUAAUUCACGCGACGGUUGUUUUUGUGAGACUUGAGCACUGACAAUAUUUUAUAACUAGUUUUAGCUACUGAAUAUUAUUAUUAUAUGACAUCAUUAAUAUAAGAUUGUCAAAUUAAGUUGAUUAAUAAAACAAAAAUUUUUUAAUUAUAGUCAUUAUUAUUUUUAUUGUAAUAAUUAUUAUUAAGAUUGAUUAAUAAUUCUUUUUUAAUUGGUUGAUAAUUAAUUGAAAAUUGUAAUUAUAUGAUAUAUAUUUUUUUGCUGAAACAAUAAAAAUAUAUGCAUCAUU